AUGAUCAAUAAUUUGAUAAGGCAACAGAUAUUGAAUAAUGUUGCAAGGCAUCAGUCGAUAAGAGAAACUUUGGGUACGGAUCAAGUUAAAAGCGUUAUAUUAAACACAACUGUGGGGUCAAAUAAGGAUAUCUAUGGACAAGAUAAAGAGAAGUUGAAGGCAGCAGAAACAUCGAAAUACUUGCAGUGUGAAAACUGUGGUAGAAAGAUUGCUGGAGGACGGUUUGCACAACAUACGAAUAAAUGUCUAGAUAGAGCAAGAAGAUAA